AUGAUGCGUUUGUUAUAUUCACUUUUCUAUACUUUUUUGGUAAGCAUAUGCCAUGCUACCACCCCACUAACUGACCCAGCGUACUCGACAAUUGCACCCACUGAAAGCGUGGUGUAUACCCCACCACCACUGCCUACUCUGACAACUUCGCCUUAUGUUCUUCAAUCUCGCCCCACAAGCGAGUUUUAUCCCACUGACUUUUCUUUAAUUAAUCUGUUCGAUAACAGAAGUGAUGUUUCUUACGACAAUCUUGUUUUGAUGUACGCCCUGUGGACAGAUUACACAAGGUUGGCUCCCAGUUUCUUCUCAAGAUGGCGCACGGAGCUUAAUCUGAUUUAUUCGGAAAUGGGAAUUAGUGGUGAUGUGGUGUCAAAGAAUCUGGCGUUUAUUUCGAGAAUUCAGCACGGUAGUACGGGCAACGUUAUUGGCACGGUUGUUAGGAGCGCCCCAGACUAUAUUUGUGCCUAUCCUAGCCCGACUACUACCGAGCAAUAUACAUUGGAUCAACCGGAAACAUCAAUUGAUACAGCACCUAAGUUGACUAACUCCUUUGGCGUUUCUACUGUCACAGCGGAGUUUUUUUUUACAAGAAGUGAGAUUGUAAGUGAGAGGUCGGCACUUUAUGACCAAUUCCCAACAAGCGCUUCAUUGCGGGUGCAAUUUUCUUCGUGGGUGUCCCGGGAUUACUCAUUCUACUCUAGGUAUCUGUCUGAGUUCAAUUCCAUAGCACUGGCCGGGGGAGAGGUAAGCCCCGAUAUCAUGUCAGAGGUGCGCUCGUAUGUAUCGAAUAUAGUGGAUGCCUACGUGGAUCUGUAUAGUUCAGAUGACUUUCUUACAGAAUCUUCAAGUGGCUCCUUCUCAAAUUACUCAGCUGGCUCUGCGGGUCCUUCACCAAGCCCAUCAGAUGCAAGAUCUUCUAGUGGCUUUGCAAGUUCUUCGUCCAGGUCUAAACAUUCUGCUCCAACUUCCAUUUCUUCGAAAUCUUCUUCUGUCUCCGCUUCCGGCCCCAGUUCUGAUGCCUCAUCCGAUGCUUCAAGUAAAUCCUCUGGCAACUCCAUUCUCAGUGAAUCAUCUGACAGAUCCACAGUCGUUGGUGGUUCCUCGAGUAGCUCCCUUGGCGAAAAUUCGGAUGGCUCCGUCACCCUGGGAGGAUCUUCUGGAGGAUCUUCUGGGGAGUCUUCAUCAGAUGUUAGCUCAUCCAGCACCGCAGUUGCAGAUUCAACUCGACCAUAUUUGGUUUUAGGUGCGGUCGUUGGCGGUUUGCCUUUCCUAAUGUUCUAG